AUGGGUCUAUUAGAAUCUGACAAGUUUGCUACCAAGGCUAUUCAUGCUGGUGCUCAUGAAGACAUUCAUGGUUCUGUUAUUGAGCCAAUUUCUUUGUCUACUACUUUCAAGCAAAGCGAGCCAGCCAAGCCAAUUGGUACAUAUGAAUACUCUAGAUCCCAAAACCCAAACAGAGAGAACCUAGAAGCUGCCAUUGCCUCUUUGGAAGGUGGUAAGUACGGUCUUGCCUUCUCUUCCGGUUCCGCUACCACCGCUGUGAUCUUGCAAUCCUUGCCUCAAGGUUCUCAUGCUGUCUCCAUCGGUGACGUCUACGGUGGUACUCACAGAUACUUCACCAAAGUUGCCAACGCCCACGGUGUUGACACUUCCUUCACCAACAACUUGAUCGAAGACUUGCCAAAGCUUGUCAAGGACAACACCAAGUUGGUCUGGAUCGAGUCCCCAACUAACCCAACUCUAAAGGUUACCGAUAUCCAAUUGGUCGCUGAAAACGUCAAGAAGAUCAACAAGGACAUCCUACUGGUCGUCGACAACACAUUCUUGUCCCCAUACUUGUCCAACCCAUUGAAGUUCGGUGCUGACAUCGUCGUCCACUCCGCUACCAAGUACAUCAACGGUCACUCCGAUGUGGUUCUAGGUGUCUUGGCCACCAACAGCAAGGACAUCUACGAAAGAUUGCAAUUCCUACAAAACGCCAUCGGUUGUAUCCCAUCCCCAUUCGACGCUUGGUUGACCCACCGUGGUCUAAAGACCUUGCACUUGCGUGUUAGACAAGCAUCCUUGAACGCCACCAAGAUCGCCACUUUCCUAGAGAGCAACGAAAACGUCGUUGCCGUCAACUACCCAGGUCUACAAUCUCAUCCAAACUAUGAUGUCGUCAAGAAGCAACACAGAGAAGCCCUAGGUGGUGGUAUGAUUUCUUUCAGAAUCAAGGGUGGUGCCGAAGCCGCUGCUAAGUUUUCUUCCUCUACCAGACUAUUCACUUUGGCUGAAUCUCUAGGUGGUAUCGAAUCUCUACUAGAAGUCCCAGCUGUGAUGACCCACGGUGGUAUUCCAAAGGAAGCCAGAGAAGCCUCCGGUGUCUUUGACGAUCUAGUUAGAUUAUCAGUCGGUAUUGAAGACGGUGAAGACCUUCUAGAAGACAUCAAGCAAGCUUUGCAAAAGGCCACCGCUUAA